AUGAGCACGACGGAUCCCGGAAUCGAAGAUGGCAUCAAGCAGGCCGCCAACGAUGUUGAGAAAGAUAAGAAGAUGGAGGAGGACGAGAGGGCGGAGCAGGAGGACUUGACACAGCCAGACACAUGGUGGUUCGCGUCCACGGUCAACCCGCUGCUGGCGGCUACUUUUGGCCCCAUUGCCAAUGGCUUCAGUAUCUGCGCCCUCGUCUACUCGUGGAGGUCGUACAUACCACCAGGCGCAUCUCCCUCGGAAGGUGUUAGAAUCGCCGACCCGCACUGGUUGAUCGCUAUCAAUGCUGUUUCUCUGGCUUGUGCUCUCGUCGGCAAUGCUUCUCUUUUGCUCAACAUGGCCCAGCGACUGUCGUUUCGCAUCUCCCAACCCAUCACGAUUACUGGCUUCUUCAUGGCCGGAGUUCUCUUGAUAGGAGAUAUGGCUGGCCUGACGUCUUCUCCUACGUACUACAUCACCGACCCUAGAGCUAUACCCGCCAAGAACCAUGCUCUCACCAGCGCCUACUACUAUGCAAUCUGGGCAGCGGCCAUCUACAUCAUCAUUGGUCUGCUCAUGUGCCUGACCGUGUAUGGCGCCAGUGCUGGCCACUACGCAAAGGAAUUCAAUCUUACUCCCUCUCAGCGGACAUUAAUGCUGCAGACCAUGUCCUUUGUCGCCUACGAACUCUUGGGUGCUUGGGUAUUCAGCGCUAUCGAGGGCUGGAAGUACCUAGACGGCGUAUACUGGGCGCAAGUGACACUUCUCACAAUCGGAUUUGGAGACUUUGCACCCACGAAACGAGUCACACGCGGUCUGAUAUUCCCGUACGCUAUUGGCGGCAUCUUGAUGGUCGGUCUGGUCGUUGGCUCCAUCCGCACUUUAGUCUUGGAACGGGGGCAGGAGAAGAUUGCAGCACGAAUCACCGAGAAGAGACGGGAGACCGCCGUCCAUAACGUGGACGAGCGAAGACAGACCAUUAGAAUCGGCUGGUUCUCAAAGGCUGAUUUCAGCACCAAUCCGUCUCUCACGCCUGCUCAACGGAGAGAGGAGGAGUUCAAAGUGAUGCGCAAGGUGCAGAAGAUGGCCGAGCGUGAGCGUCGCUACAUUGCACUCAGCAUGUCUCUUUCCUUCGCCCUCAUUCUCUGGUUCGUGGGAGCUGUCAUUUUCAAGGCGUGCGAGACAGAACAGGGAUGGUCGUACUUCCAAUCUUUGUACUUCACAUUUAUCGCUCUGUUGACCAUUGGAUAUGGCGAUUUGACACCGGUCUCCAACAGCGGCAAGGCGUUCUUCGUAAUCUGGUCUAUGCUCUCGGUUCCCUCACUGACCAUCCUCAUCUCUAACAUGGGCGACACUGUCGUCAAAUGGUUCGCCGAGUUUACCGACUGGAUUGCGUCGAUUACUGUGCUGCCCGAGCAAGGCGGCAGGAGGAUGUCGUCGAAACGAGCGGCCGCCAAUCUCAUGGGCCGACUCACCGAUAGUGCUAAUGAUGCGGUCGGUAGGUUCACCGCUCCAGGUAUUCUUGGCGAAACGGAUCAUGUCGCCAUGGACGGUAAGAGACAUUUCGAAAUGCUCAUGAAUCGGCUGGCGCAGAGGCUGGAACAACACGUCGAGGAAGAAGAACUCGAGGAAGCGUUGAAGGCUGAGGCUGAGGGCGAUGACCUUGAGAGGGACAUUCACUUCUACCACUACGUACUUUCUCGCGAAUCACGCAAUGUACAGAAAGAUUUGGCAGUAUCUCCGCCAAAGAAGUAUUCGUGGGGCGACUGGGAAUACUUUCUCAAGAUCAUCGGCAACCAGGACGAGACGCCUGACUUUCCAGGACAGGAGAUCCCGAAUGAUCUGUGGAGUUGGCUCUCAGAUCAAAGUCCGCUCAUGAGCUCGAGGACAGAAGCAGAGUGGAUCUUGGAGCGGCUAUCGGCAGCUCUUGUGAGGGAGUUGAACCGACAGCGGAAAGGACAGAAGAAGAGACCGCCCAUUAGUAUGGCUCAUGUGGCGCGUGUCAGAGAGCUGGCCAAGAAGGCUGAGGCAACACAAGGCGUUCAAAAAGAGGAGGCUGAAGGUGCGGUGGGAAGAACGGUGCUUGAGGGGGAGACGAAGAAGAUGUGA